AUGGAUAGCCCUGAGUAUUUCAUCAGCUGGGGUUCGGAGAGAUACGUUCCUCUACACCGAUUCAAAGACCUCCAGUUACCUCGUCACGAUCUCAUUCGAUACUAUGGAGAGGUCCUCGAAACAGCUCAAACCUUCACACAGCAUUUUUCGAAACAGCCGCUGAAAAGCUAUGACAUGGAAAGGUCGCUGAAAAAGAACAUGGGAUGUGACCCUUUAUGUCUAGAUGAAGAAACAGAUAGUACAUCUAUUAGUUGGUUGGACAUUGUUCGUCACGGCGAUUUCCAGGAACAAAGUGAGGGAUAUCACUGUUUCAUUCAAGGGAAGGUGUUUUUCCAUGACCAGCAAUUACAAAACAGGGUCGACUUUUGCCGACGUCACGCCCUCCAUAUUUCCAAUUCGGGGCCAAGUCACCAAGAAGUGAGAAGGGAGGUGGAAGUCACCCAGGAGAUAUUGUCUGAUAUUUCCAACGAACUGUCUCACAUUCCAAAAUGUUUGUACUUCCCGCUCCCACAAGCUUUUGCAAGCGGUUAUCUAACUGGAGCAGAUACGAGAGGACUAGAAAAUCUUGAGCAGACAAUGAAGAUGCGCCUGAGUUACCUUCUAUCCCUCCUGGAUCCUGGCAUAAUAUCCCGCACACCAUCUAGGUCAGCAAGCGGGUUGGAAGACUCUCCAGACGACGACCGCAAUGGACAAGUGGCGGUGAGUUUGGACAGUUCCCCAGAAGACUCGAGUGAGGAUGAGUCGGGAGAAAGUGACUCGGAGGAUGAUGAGUCGGAGGAUGAUGAGUCGGAGGAUGAUGAGUCGGAGGAUGAUGAGUCGGAGGAUGAUGAGUCGGAGGAUGAUAACACGGAGGACGAGGGCCCAGAUGAAGAGGGUCCAAAUGACGAAGGGCCAGAGGACGAGGGCCUAGAGGACGAAGGGACAGAAAAUGACGAUCACGAGCAUUACAGCCGUCAACAGAGGAUCACUAACUCUGACAACGGAGGUAACGUGGCCACAGAUGAUGGCACAGUGGUUUCAUUAAACCUUUUGUCCUCGAGGUCUCCAUAUUCGAUGCCUCUAAUAGCAGAGGAUGGAAAUGGCAUCUCAACAGGUCGUGCUUCUAUGCUAGAAGAAACUGGAAAUGCCGUCUCGGUGAACCCUAUGGCCUCGAAUGGCUCCUUGUCCAUAUCUUCGCCAAUGGAAAACAAAAAUGGCGUUCCAAUCGAUUCUGUAUCUUCGCAAAACGGUCCCCAGAUGAAUUUGCACGUACCACUCCCAGAAAGUCUCGCGCAUGACGGACUUGAUACGCUCAUCGAAAGUGAGGGUCCGCCUCGUGCAGUCAAACGACGGAAAUUCAACAAUUUAUUGAAAAGACAGAAGAAACCACCAAAAAGCAAUCGCAUAUCCAGCUAUGAAGAGAGAUCGAUUGCUAUUGCCUGGACGAAGGCCUGGAUAGAAGCCCAUUCAGGCGAAAAAUGGAGCCAAAGGGCACUCGCCAGAGAAUAUGCCAUCAAAUUCGGUGGUAACCGAAGUUACAACACCCUCAAGACAUGGAUUGAUAAAAGAGAAAAUCCUCAACCGAAGAGCCAUAUUGUGGUAUUGAAAAUCCCCAUUCCGUAUCUGCGUGAGGCACUCUGGAAUGACCAUUCUUCAUAG